AACGUUUUCGAUUACAAAUAGUUAAAUCACAAUUGAUGGUAGAAUGUUCAACUGAACUUAUGGAAAAGAUGAAUGAUGCCAUUACAACUCUUUCUGAUACAAAUACAAAGUUAAACAAGACUAAAUUUCCUGAAUAUAGUGUUGGCAUUGAACCUUGUCCAAUUCCCAAUAAUGGACUAUUGGACUUUGGAUUUAAUAGAGAUGUCCAGUCUAUGAAGUGA